GCACUCUCGGUUGAUAAAGUGCGACAGCUGGCGCGAAUUUUACCAGAAAUACGGCACAUGAACUUCCGUUAUUGUACACUCACCAUGGACAAAGCAGGACCGUCAGAAGAUACCGAUGAUGACAAUCUAUGCUUCACUAAGGUCACGCAUUUGUCUUUAUUCUGGACCGAUUUUUCUGACAAGAGCAUCAGUGAACUUCUGCGCGGCCUUCCCCAUCUGCAGACGGUGGAUCUCGGAGCCAACCACAACAAGGUCCCUCGAGCCAAUGACACAGCACUUGAAGCGCUCCGUGCAAACUGCCCUCUUGUGACCCAUCUUUCGGUAGCACUUCAACAAGUGAAAGAGCAAACGUUGUGUGAAGCCAUUAUGCAAUAUGGUCAUCAGCUGAAAAGUUUAUCGAUUCGAUGUGACAGUGUCCAAAGCUUGAGAACGGUGGCUGCUCAUGCAACCCAUGUGGAGAAAUUGAAAGUCAGCGCGGCCGGGAAUGACCAAGAAGAUGAGGGAGCCGUUAUAGGGGUCCUUCGUCAAUGCCAUCGAUUGGUGCGAUUGGAAAUGGUAUGUUGGAUGAUUCAAGACGUGCCUGGUAUUGUC